CUUAGUGGGAUAUGCGCUCUUCAAACGGAGCUCUUCAAACGUAGAAAUCACGUUGAAAAUGGCUGAAAAUGGUUCUGAAAAGCCAAGUUUCUCCUUUGGUUUUAGCAAGAAGAUCGAAACAAAGAAACUUCAGUCGGGGGCAAUCAAAAGUGAUGAAAACAAUGUGCAAGGAGAUCCCGAUUUUGUAACUUCUGUUGAGGGAACAAAAGUGAAAAGUACAAGGCCAGAAGCUGAGCCAAAGAAACCACUCGUGAUUCCUCUUAUCACAACAAACAACUGGAAGACAAAGACAGCAGAAAAGUUAAUUAAUGGUGAUGAUAAGAAUGGUGGUGCAGACAAGGGAAAGGUCUCAAAACAUGAGAAGGUCUCAAUAAAUGAUGGGAAAGAUGACCUUGAAUCUGAAGCCAUACAAGAAUUAGUAAACGAUGCAAAGAAACAUGAAGAAGACUGGGAAGACAGGGAAAAGCAGAAACAGACCCUUGCCAUCCCUCUACUCCUGCAGAACAAAGUUCCAGAGGGCUUCGAAACUGACGAAAAACUCAAUGUAGACCUUAGACCAGAUGGUGCUCAGGAGGCAGAUUACGAUGAAGUGCCCAUAGAACAAUAUGGAAUGGCCAUGCUUCGAGGCAUGGGAUUCUCAGAGGAGGAAGGCAUUGGAUCAAGCUCCAAAAGGAAAGUCAAGCCCAUAGAAGUAAAUAUCCGGCCAAAGGGAUUAGGGCUGGGAGCUGAUAGAAGUGCUUUGAAAACAAUUGAAGAGACAAAUAUGGGCAAAAAGGAUGAGAAAGAGGAAAAGUUGAUACUGGGUAUAGGAGCUUAUGUUGUUGUUACUGGUGGAGCUAAUAGAGACCUGUAUGGCAAGGUGGAGGGAAUAGAUGGUGAUCAAGGCAGAGUUGUGAUUAAGCUAGCACUGAGUGGUAAAUCUGUAUCACUGAGCCAAUACAUCAUAAAACUAGUGUCCAGUAAAGAAUAUGAAAAAUACUCUAAAUACCUCAAUAAAGGCAAGUCUGACAAAUAUAAGGAUGAUGGACAUGGAAAGUCCAGCAAAAAUAAAGACACUGACUCUGAUUCUCAAUCUAAUGAUUCACAUAAACAUAGAGACUCAAGUAAACAUAGAGACUCCGAUAAACAUAGAGAUAGGCACAGACAUUCUGAAAAACAUAGAGAUACAGACAAAUAUAGAGACUCUAAACAUGGAGAUAAAUCCUCAAAACACAAAGAGGAUUCUGAUAAACACAGGGAAGAUAAAUACAAGGAGGAUAAAUACAGAGAUAGCAGGGAGAGAGAUGGAGAUCUGGAGAGAAGCGGCACAAAGAGAAAACACGAAGGAGAAAGGGAAUCUAAGAGAUCAGUCAAGCAGAAGAACUAUUGGCUGAGACCUCAUCUGAGGGUUAGAAUAGUAGACGAGAAUUAUAAGAAAGGAAAAUACUACAAUACAAAGGUCAAGAUCGUAGAUGUUGUGAGCCUUGACACAUGUAUUUGUCAAACCGAAGAAGGGAGAGUUUUAGAUGAUGUUACACAGAGAAUGCUAGAGACAGUUGUCCCCAAAACUGAACCAUCUUACGCCAUGAUCAUAAGUGGAACAUACAAAGGCCAGUUAUGUGAAGUAUUGAAGAGGAACAAGUCUAUCUGUCAGGCUACAGUUCAACUCCUGCAGGACCGGGAGCAAAUAAAAACAGUAGACUAUGACCAUAUAUGUGAAUAUAUAGGAGAUAUAAAUCUAGAAUUUGAUUUUUGAGAAUCUGAUUUAAAUAGAUUUUUGAACAAAAUGAACUCAUUUCUAGUAGAACUGAGAAACUGUUCUUGUACAUUCUGCAUUAUAAUGAUCUCAGAUAUUUAGGUGAUAGCUGAAAUACUGGCCAGUUGUCAUAUUUUUGCCUGGACUCUACUAUGUACAGUAAACCUGUAAAAAGUGGAAUAUCACUAU